AUGGUGUAUGAACCAGCUGGGACAUCGGAGACGAACUUGCGCUUUCUGAACUCGUUCCAAGCGGCUUGCUACGGGCUUGUGCAGGACGGCCUGGUUAACAGUGGACACUGGAACCGCUUCUGCCGUGCCCAGAAGAAGGGUUUCCCCAACGGCGCGUUCACGCGUAAGAUUGACGCGUUUUUCAACUUCAUCCGUGCGGAAGGAGUCCCGCUGGAUUAUCUUCAACUGUUCAAGAAGGUACAGAAGUUCUCGAUGAUGAUCGUGGCUGAGCUGAAACGCAAGGCACCCCAGUUUCCGGAUGGCUCCUACAUCGUCCAUGCGGCUCAGCACUACGUCGAACACUGCUUCGCGCUUGUGGUUAAUCAUGAUCCUGCGAAACAGGAGUUCUCGGUGAUGAUCUUCGACGAUUACAACGAAUCUGCAGAUCCGCCGUGUUCGUUGGAACCUGUCUGCAAGUUGGAUUGGCUCAAGCGUGUCUACGCCGUCUAUCGCAUUGCUGCUGAGGUUUCCAUGACGCCGAAGAAGUCGAAAAAGUCGAAGGUGUCGAAGAAACAGCGAUCGCGCAAGAAACUGAAGCUUUGCCGAAACUAG